GUCAAAGAGACUGAAGUUACAUCUGGGUGGGGAGGUAGAAAUGGAAGAGCGGGCGUUUACCAAUCCGUUCCUGGACUACGAGGCCGCCGCCUCCGCGGCAUUAGCCGCCGGAGCUGCCGAGGAGAGUGGGAGCGUUCGAUCCCUACCCACCAAAGACGAGGUUGGCCUCCCUUUUCACAACGAUGGCAAGAUUGUUCAAAGUUUCACAAGACGGAUCCAGACCAAAAUCAAAGACCUUUUACAGCAAAUGGAAGAAGGGUUGAAGACAGCUGAUCCCCAUGACUGCUCUGCUUAUACCGGUUGGACAGGCAUAGCCCUUUUGUACCUGCAGUUAUACCGGGUCACAGGUGAUCAGACCUAUCUGCUGCGCUCCCUGGACUAUGUGAAGAGAACACUCCGGAAUCUGAAUGGCCGCAGGGUCACCUUCCUCUGUGGAGAUGCUGGGCCCCUUGCUGUAGGAGCUGUGGUAUAUCAUAAACUCAAGAGUCAUUGUGAGUCCCAGGAAUACAUCACCAAACUUUUGCAGCUCCAGAGAACCAUCGUGUGCCAAGAUUCAGACCUUCCUGAUGAGCUGCUCUAUGGACGGGCAGGUUAUCUGUAUGCUUUACUGUACCUGAACACAGAGAUUGGGCCAGGCACCGUGUGUGAGUCAGCUAUUGAAGAGGUAGUCCAGGCUAUUAUUGAAUCGGGUAAGACUCUAUCGAGGGAAGAGAGAAAAACUGAGCGCUGUCCCCUGUUAUAUCAGUGGCACAGAAAGCAAUAUGUUGGAGCAGCCCAUGGUAUGGCUGGAAUCUACUACAUGUUAAUGCAGCCAGCAGCAAAAGUGGACCCAGAAACCUUGACAGAAAUGGUGAAACCUAGUAUUGAUUAUGUGCGCCAUAAAAAAUUCCGAUCUGGAAAUUAUCCGUCAUCAUUAAGCAAUGAAACAGAUAGAUUGGUCCAUUGGUGCCAUGGUGCCCCGGGAGUUAUCCAUAUGCUCAUGCAAGCAUACAAGGUUUUUAAGGAGGAGAAAUACUUGAAAGAUGCCAUGGAGUGCAGUGAUGUGAUUUGGCAGCGAGGUUUGCUGCGGAAGGGCUAUGGGAUCUGCCACGGGACUGCCGGAAAUGGCUACUCUUUUCUCUCUCUUUACCAUCUCACGCAGGAUAAAAAGUACCUCUACAGAGCUUGCAAGUUUGCAGAAUGGUGUCUAGACUAUGGAGCACAUGGGUGCCGCAUUCCUGACAGACCCUAUUCUCUUUUUGAAGGCAUGGCUGGCGCUAUUCACUUUCUCUCCGACAUCCUGGUACCAGAGACAUCACAGUUUCCAGCAUUUGAACUUGGCUCGGCACAGAAGGCUAAAAAGGUUGGUGACUUCUGAGGGUUUACUCCCUUGUGACCUCCAGCCUGGUCCUGGGCUCCCGGGGCACUCCAGCACCCCAUUGUCUGGAGGUGGGGCAUGCUGUGACAAACGAGCCAAUUCACUAUCAUGUGAUAUCAAAGUUCCUCCAGAACUUUCCAUCUGGAAAGCAUUCCCCAUCCUCCCCAUCCACCUUACCAAAUGCAGCUCAAAAACAACUUUCGGAGCUUCCUAACCUGGCCCUGCCUGCCUCAUCAACAGCAACCCUUACGGCUCCGGCUGACAGCACUGCCCAGGCUGGGUCAUUCCUCAGUAGGAGCUGCACAUGGAAUCACCCCAAAGCCCCCAUCGCAGCCUCUCUCAGCAAGGAAGAGGCAACUUGUGAAAGCCCUGAUUCUGGCCAAGCAUCUCCAGAGCAGCAGCAGAGGGGGCUGCUCAGUUAUUUCAACGCCUAGCCAGGUGGGUUCUCUCAUGUGCUUGUUUGAGAGAUGCUUACAGGCUUUCCGUCUGACACAUUGAGGUGAAAAGAAGAUACAUGUGGAGUAUACAGUCAAAAGCUGGAUGUUGCUCCAAAUGGCCAGGUUUCUGUUAAUGGAGAUUUUAUUUACAGAGUUGUUUAAGAAGUCAGCUGGGUUGGGUUGACACCUUCCUACUUCUCCUCUAGCUCUUAAACUGCUAUGCAGUCCUGUGAUUCUUUAUCCCACUUCCUCGCGUCUGAUACUUGGCCUGCUGCUUGACAGUAGUUAGGGCACUCAGUCCCUGAAGGCAGAGGAGAAAUGCUGGAACUUGAAAGGACAGAAGAUUUAAAGAAUUAAGUUCAACAGUUACAAGUGUUUGAAUUCAGAGUUUAGAGCAUUUCACAUUCAUUUCUUGGAUUUGCCCGUGCUACACUGUGUUCUCCAAAACGUGUCUACACUUUAAAAAUAUGUACAUGCCCAAUACCAUUUUGAAAUUUGAAGGGGAAAAGUUGAUGUCCACAAAAAGUGUUUGGGGUUCUUUGGUUUUGUUAGUAAAAGAUAGUUGU